AUGAUUGCAGGUACAAACAUUGCUCAGAUGAUGUGGUAUCAACCUUGGAACACUGCAUGGUUUCAAGAGAAGAUUGGAGAAUUCGAACAUGAAGAAUCCAAAGAUAUGUUGAAGAAGCUCAAAAAAGAAGCAGAUGCUGCAUGUGGCAAUGAUACCUUCUGCCUCAAGGAGCUCAUUGCUGUUGAUAUCUGUGGGGCAUUGCUCUGCCCUACUGAGUGGGACUGGAACAAUGACCACAUGAAUGCUGGUAUCUGUGAUCAAACAUCAAAUUACAUUGUGUCGGAAAACUCUUGGCUGAUGUUCACUUAUGAGGGCUACAAAAUCAACUGUGACAACCUUGAAGGAAGUUUCCUCAAGUCCAAGCUUUUGGUUCUGAUUAGUUGGCUUGCAUCUAACUUUUGUAUGGCAGGUAUCUCAUCGUGGUACACUGUGGAUGGCGACUUUGAUUAUGAAGCCUUCUGGAACAACAUUGUGGAGAUCUUUGAAGAUGUCCCUGGCCCUACCGUGCAACAAAGGAUGAAUAGGCUCCUUGAAUGGCAGACUAGGUAA